AUGGGAGCGUUUUUAAAAAUCGCUACAUACCGUACACAUAACCGGCGGCCACCGACAAAGCAAGUACUGAGCGCUGGCCAGUUUAGAUCAAUGACCAUUGAAAUUCUGUUCUUGGUGGCCACCGAAUCAGUGGCAAGCAAUCAACAGUGGCAAAAGAUGCCUGCUGGUCAGUGGUACCGAUUGGUCGGCCACUUUUGCCUUCGUUCGGUGAUCAUCGAGCAGGAUGAUCAGCUCAUUGGUCGAUAG